CAGCCUAACGGGCGGAAGGGUGCAGCGCAGCAUGGUCAGAGGACACGAUACCUACCGGGCGAGAAGUGCGACCUGCGUGUGGCCUCCACUGGACCGGUGGAAAAAGGUGGCUCAGUGCAAGAACCAGGCACUAACAGCAAAGAAGGUUCAGCGCGAUUACACCAGGAAGAUCAAACGGUAUUUCCAUGAAAUGAGGUCAUCUCGAAUUCGGCUGUCCCGCAUUCAGAACAAGUGUCUGUAUGGGGUGCUUCUUCUUCUCGGCUGUGCAGUACUGUUUCACCUGGUUGGAUGGAGUUUGUGGAGAAGAAAGCUGUACCUCAGUUGGCAACUUAUGCAUCAAUGUUCUUCAGAAUACAGCGGAGAGGUACGAGACGAGUUUCCGUCAUUCAGCGCUGGCGCCAUGUGCUCCGAAAACCUUUUGGGUCACCCUCUGGCCGGCCGGCCCUGUCCCGACCCACCGAUCGACGCUGUUUACACGUGGGUAAACGGCUCUGACCCGGAGUUCCAGCGGCAGCUGGAGGUCACAAAGAGGCAGCUCGGCAUACAGCCAUCGCCCGUGGCAGUGGCGGCCAACCGGUUCGCCGAGAGCGACGAGCUACGCCUCUCGCUGCGUGCGCUGGAGCUGCAUGCACCCUGGGUGCGGCGAGUGUUCGUCGUCACCAACGGUCAGGUGCCCGCCUGGCUGGACCUGAACAACCCGCGCAUCACCGUCGUCACGCAUGCGGAGAUCUUCCCCGACAAGUCGCACCAGCCCACCUUCUCCAGCCCGGCGAUUGAGUCGCAUGUGCACCGGAUCGAGGGCCUCUCAGAGCGAUUUCUCUACCUCAACGACGACUUUCUGAUCACGCAGCCCGUGUGGCCGGAGGACUUUAUCUCGUCGAGUGGCGAGUACACCAUCUACAUGGACUGGCCGAUUGGGGGCGGCCCACCGGGGGACCCGUUCUACGGCAGUCUGCAGAGCACAGACCGCAUGCUGGAGCAGCGGUAUGGCGCCGCUAAACGCCGCUACAUGGCGCACGUGCCGAUGCUGAUGGAGCGCCGCCUUCUGCGAGAGCUGCACGAACUAUUCCCCGCCGAGUACGCCACCACAUCGGCAGGCCGUGUACGCCAGCCGACAGACAUCCAGUUCCAGAUGGCCUACAGCUACUUCAUCACCUCUGAGCGGCGUGCAGUGCCCGCGGAGCAGCUCUUUGAGGAGCUGGACAUCGACAGAUCGGGGUACUGGUCAGUCGACGAGAUCCGCACGACACUACCGUGGGCGAGGCCGUUGCCGCUGCCGCCAGACGUGGUGAAUAGCGUCAUCUCCACCUUGCAGGACUGCAGCGGCAAAAACAGCUCCGUCUUCAGCCGCGAGCUGGUGCUCGGCUGCGCGCCGGCGACACACCAGCUGCGUCAAUUGGUGGGCACCCGGCCACGCUUCCGGUACCGCCUGGGUCCGCGAGAGCACUGGAGGAUGACUACCCUCCGUCCGGACCCGUACGUCGCCGCCGGCGACCUGUGCAAGGCGGUGCGCGACCCUCCCCGCUUUUCGGCGUUCAAUAACGAGUUCAGCGGGAUCGACGGGAGCUCGGCGCUGGAGGUGUCUCGCGAACUGCAGUAUAUCCUGCGGGCGCUGUUCAACAAGCCGUCUCAAUUUGAGAAGAACAGCUCGUAAGUGUUUUUUUUUCUAACUGGUUUGGCUCCAAGUAGCUUUUUCGACUCAAAACGCGUUUUAGGCAGCGAAAAAGGCAAAAAAUUGAACCUGUGAAAAUCAAACGUCGCCAUAAUUUUGGCAUGUUAAUUAUUUCCGAUAAACUUCAUAGGUAUGUGCAUUUUGGAACCACAGAGGUUAUGCCAUGUUGUCGAGCUUGCAUUGAAAUGUGUAGAGAUGUGACCCGCUUCCUCGAUUCUGACCGCGGAAAACGAAGCUUUCUAAAUUUCGUUGGCAGUUUGUGCCAUCGUAUGGACAUGGGUACCAGUUCCCACGAGUGACGUUAUCAUUAUGCCCAUUUUUGGAAGCACGAUUUAAUAGCUUCUUACCGAGAACAAUUUGAAUAAAUAUUUUAGCGGUAAGUAAUUACUGGCCAAACGCUGAAGUUGUCAAAACUCACGUGAAAGCUUUGAUUAUGAACUUGGAGCCAAACCGGUUAGAACAAAACGAACUAUAGUCCCAGCCGGAAACCCUGAUCCUUGCCCUGAUCAUACAUUUAUGUUAACCCGGCAGUUGCUGGGGUAUUUCGCCACCCACCGUUUGCUAGGGGGGGGGGGGGGGCGUUAAACGCCCCCAGCCGAGACG